UACCAGGGCUCGUGUGCAAGUGAACCAACCAGCGCAGGCUGCAGCAAACUUUACCCAGCGCCAGCCUCAGACCCCGCGGAGCGCUCCGCUGCUCCGCAUGUCAGGGAACUAGUAGCCGGUUUGUUGGAGCGGCCAAAACACACCGGAGCAGGAGGUGACAGCAAGUGACAGGAGCUGAGAGUGACAGGUCUCUGCGGGUGCACAAAGGCCCAAGGGUGCUCACUUUCAGCCACUCAGGACAGGGGAGACACCUGUGUAAAGGUGUCUGUCUGCCUCAUGCUGUCGUCUGCAGACUGAAUACAGCAGAUCUGCACUCAGAGGCAAGUCCUGAAGCAUACUUCUGGGUUUGUGUUGACCAAUGGAUGAGGAUGAAAUCAUGUGAAUGCGUGCUAGCCUCGCAGCGUCACGGACUUGUAGCUGGGCAAAAUCUCACCUCAAUGGACUGGGGGCCUCGUCUGCACGCGGUUGACCUUCUGUCAUCAACCUGAGAGGAGCAUCUACGGUGUGAGAGCGGACGCUGGACUCGGACCAGGAGAGAACACCAGAAACUGGGCAGUAGCAUGCAGUGUGAGGAAGGCACAGAAUGGCUGCUGGAGCUGCUGAUGGAGGUGCAGUUGCAGCAGUACUUCUUACGGAUCCGCGAUGACCUUAACGUCACGCGGCUGUCACACUUCGACUACGUCAAGAAUGAAGACCUGGAGAAGAUCGGCAUGGGUCGACCUGGACAGCGACGACUGUGGGAGGCUGUGAAAAGGAGGAAAGCCAUGUGCAAACGCAAGUCCUGGAUGAGCAAGGUGUUUAGCGGCAAGCGCCCAGACGGAGGAGACUUCCCCCAGCAGGGCCAGCCGGCCUCCUCCUUUCGUAAGAUGUCUCCCACGCCUCCGCUGGGCCUGGGGGAAGGAGUCCUGACCACACAGCCCGGUGGUGGCGGCAGCGGUGCUCCUCUUGACGGGCAGCAGCAGGCUCUGACCUGCCUCAUCCCAGAGAAGGAUCUGACGCUGUUCGAGAAGCUUGGAGACGGCUCCUUCGGGGUAGUGAAGAGAGGAGAGUGGCUGACGCCGGCAGGGAAGGUGCUGAACGUAGCUGUGAAGUGUCUGAAGACAGAUGUGCUCAGCCAGCCCGACGCUCUGGAGGACUUCAUCUGUGAGGUCAACGCCAUGCACUCCCUGGACCAUCAGAACCUCAUCCGCCUCUACGGUGUGGUGCUCACACACCCGAUGAAGAUGGUGACUGAGCUCGCUCCCCUGGGUUCUCUGUUGGAGCGUCUGCGAUGUGUCCGUCCUCAGGGCCCCGUGCUGAUCCACACUCUGUGUCAGUAUGCGGUGCAGGUGGCCUGUGGCAUGGCCUAUCUGGAGCAGAGGAGGUUCAUCCACAGGGACCUGGCAGCCAGGAACAUCCUGCUGGCCUCAGCUCACAGGGUGAAGAUCGGUGACUUCGGCCUGAUGAGGGCGCUGCCUAACAACCACGAGCACUAUGUUAUGCAGGAGCAUCGAAAAGUCCCCUUUGCAUGGUGUGCCCCAGAGAGUCUAAAGACUAGAACCUUCUCCCACGCUACAGACACAUGGAUGUUUGGAGUCACUCUGUGGGAGAUGUUCACGCAUGGCCAGGAGCCUUGGCUGGGCCUGAAUGGGAGCCAGAUCCUGCACAAGAUUGAUAAAGAAGGUGAACGCCUCCCUAAGCCUGAAGACUGUCCGCAAGAUAUCUAUAAUGUCAUGCUGCAGUGUUGGGCCCAGAAACCGGACGACAGACCUACGUUUGUCGCCCUGCGUGAGUUCCUGCUUGAGACCAUGCCUACAGACAUGUGUGCUCUGCAGGACUUCGACGAGCCUGACAAACUCCACAUCCAGAUCAAUGAUGUCAUCACCAUCAUAGAGGGGAGGGCUGAGAACUACUGGUGGCGAGGUCAAAACAAACGGACGCUUAAGGUGGGACAGUUCCCCAGAAACGUGGUGACAUCAGUCGCAGGUUUGUCAGCUCACGACAUCAGCCGGCCGCUCAAGAACAGCUUCAUCCACACAGGACACGGGGACUCUAACCCUCAUCGCUGCUGGGGCUUCCCUGACAGGAUUGACGAUUUGUACCUCGGGAACCCCAUGGAUCCCCCUGAUGUUCUUGGUGUAGACCUCAGUGGUGCUCGGCCCACACAGCUACCGGGACGAGCUAGAAAGCCUUGCUAUGAUCCAGUAAACGAUGACGAGGAUCUGACUUCAGCAGGACUAAAAAGAUUAUCGCUUCGGAAAACGGGUUCUGUCAAAGGCUUAAAACUUAAACCAGCUGCGUGGGUCUCUGCCUCCAAGCAGGGGACUGGCCGGCCCUUAGGCUCAGGCUACAACCCCAACAGUGAAGUGUCCCUCAUUGACUUUGGGGAGGAGUUUCCCCCAUCCACACCCUCCCCCUCCCCUGUGGUUGAAAUUCAAAUUCCUUCACUGGCAAAGCUUGCUUUGGAAGCGGAGAACAUCCUGGACCGGACUCCGCCUCAGAGUCCGUGUAGAUCCUUGCCUCGCCCCCUUCACCCUACGCCUGUUGUGGACUGGGAUGCCCGGCCGUUGCCCCCAACCCCAGCCUAUGACGAUGUAGCCCAAGACGAAGACGAUAUGGAGGUGAGCUCCAUCAACAGCUCGGAGCAGCAGCAGCAUGAGGAGGAGCAGAGUGAUGUCCAUUGUCCGGAUGAGGCUCCCUCCCCUGGACAGAAGGUGGAGGGUGAGGCUCUCGUCUCCAGGGGCCCAGACAGACCAGGCCUAGAGGACAACCUCUUUCUCCCCAGCAGGCAGGGACAGGGCCUGUCCACCUCCUUCUCCCAGUCAGCGGAGAUCUUCCAAGAACUCCAGCAGGAGUGCAUGAGAAGGCUUAAUGUACCGACAGGAAGUUCUGCCCAGGUCUCAGCCUCGUGUCCCCAGACUCCACAGACCCAGCAGGAACACCAGCAGAGUGUCCUCUCCUCCAUUGAGGACAAACCCCAGAUCCCCCCACGGGUCCCCAUACCCCCUCGCCCCAUUAAAAGAGGAGACUACACAUCUGCUCGCUGGUCAAGGGAUCUCUCCCUGUCACCGACACUAGCUGACACCACAGAGGACAUUUCAGGCCCAGGCCAGGACAGACCACCUCAGAUCCCUCCCCGGGACCCUUUGUCCCAGCCAGGGUCCAGGACUCCCAGCCCCAUGGGCCUGGUGGUGGGCUCCCCUCAGCAGAGGGUCUACUCUGUCAGCCCCACCACCAUGCAGGCCCCACUUACCUCCUGCCCCUCCACACACACCUAUGGCUCCUACCUCUCCACCUCUCCAGGUAAACUCAUGCCUACCACACACAGCUUUGCCUCAGAUCCUAAAUAUGCUGCACCCAAAGUGAUCCAGGCGCAGGGGAAGGACGCCACCAGCAAGGGCCCAUGUAUCCUCCCCAUCGUCCGUGAUGGACGGAAAGUUAGUAACACCCACUAUUACCUUCUACCAGAGAGGCCUCCAUACCUCGAUCGCUAUGACCGUUUCUUCAGGGAGGCGGAGAGCCUGCCUGCCGGCGGCGCGGAGGAAAGGCAUGUACGGCAACCUAAUACCGCCACUGUCAGACCCAUGGUGGUCAGCAGCCAGACUCUCCAGGGACACACCCAGGGACAGGGGCUCAUGCAGCCAGGCGAGCUGAAGGCUAAUUUCUCCUCCAACAAUAACAGCAGUCUGGGUGGGCCCCGGUCAGGGAUGAAGACAUCAGUUAGUCUCCCUCGCGUCUGUUCAGAUGGGCUGACAGCAGCGGUGGUCUCUGCCUCCUGCACCAGGACAGACGGAGGAGGGAGCUCCGCUGACAGGGUGAGAAUGGUGCAGGAGGCAGUUCAUGGUGUGACAAUAGAGGAGUGCCAAGCUGCCCUCCAGAACCACAACUGGAAUGUCCAGAAAGCUGUGCAUUAUCUUAAGGUGGAGCAGCUCUUCUGUUUGGGUCUGAGGAGCAGGUCAGAGUGUCUCAAGCUGCUGGAGAUGUGUGACUGGAACCUGGAGGUGGCCAGCACUCAGAUGUUAGAUAACUAUGGAUCCACAACCAGACAGAGACGGUGACGGAAAAUCUCAAGCUGCUGAGCUCUGAUUGGAACUUCAUCCUCAGUAAAACAUCAUCAGAGGAGGCGAAUCUGCUCCUGACCCUUCCUGUUUUUGCUUCAGACACACCUCCAAUCAGAACAGUGUACCUGACUGUGGAAGAAUCAAGCACAUUCUCCCUGACCGAGCACAGAAAGAUACCAAACAUGAAGUUUGGCUCCAUUCACGCUCAACACGGACGAAGGAAUUUAGUCCGGGGGCAAAAAGAUGAAAGAUGUGUUUGUUGCACUCGUUAAGAAAUUGCAGACCACCAUCCACCAUCUUUUUAAAGAUGAUCACAGACAAAAAUGACACUGUACUUGUUUCAUUGGGUCAGUGUGUCACCCUAAGGGUUCCCACAGUGUCACAGAUCCUGUCUGCUACAGUGCUCAGUCAGAUCCCUCACUGCCACAAAUACACUGUCAACCAAAUGCACACACACUUCUUCAUAAUCUCUUCUUUCACCCUAACCCUUUAAAGAAAAAGGAAUCUGAAGAGGCUAAAAGAAGAUAAAUAGCACAAUAGACACAGUAGCACUUCCAAAAAGGUUCAUGCUUUGCCACAAGGUUAUUACGUUUUGUCAGAGUUUGCCAAGUAGUUCAGUUUGACUGAAACCUGGUCUCUCGUUUAGUGAGUCAGAAUGGAGCCUGAGGACCGUACAGUGUAUGUGUAGAUAGUUCGUUAAAGGUCAACCUCCUGUAUUGGCGACUGUCGCGCCACUUAAAAGUAAUUGUUUUGAAGACCGUCACAUUGUACCACAACAAAAUACAAAGCUAAUAUUUAAUUGGCUGUCCAGGCCAUGUUGUACAGGAAAUAAAUUGGCCUGUUUACAGUUGUGAAGUGGGUUGGGGAUAUGAUCAUGCUGCUGAACGCCUUUGGAGUGGAGGAAAAAUGUGCAGAAAAGAAUACUGCUGCAAAAGACGUCUCUGCAAUGGCAGAAAAUGCUCAUCUUCAAUAAUUUGUUUAAUACAUUUUACAGUUUGGCGAAGGACGUUAGUCAGCAUUGACGCAGUGCUGCGGUCUCUGUGCUACGAGUUAAAGGUCAAAGAGGUCCAGUGUUGACUUGAAUCCACAGAAUGAAUAGAAAAAGAAGAGUUUGUCCAAGAUUCACCUCUUUUACAGACUACAAAACUAAUUUAUGUUCAAAGGAAAUACAGAAUCUACCAUUUAUAAAGAGACAUUUAUGUAUUUGUGAAAAAAAUAUUGAUAUAUUCUUUUAAUAUAUUUUGAACACAAGGCUCAGAGACGAGAGGAGACUGUUGUGUCUCUUCCUGGGCCGGGCCAUUUGUUAAAUGACUUCAAUGCGUCACUCCUUGACUUAAUUGCUCAUCUGUGACUUCGCACACGUGGCUCCAGGACAAAAGGGCCACGACGUCAGUGGAAACUUCCUACAGCCCAGAUAUACAGUCGUCCUUUUGUAUUCCUUCCCUCUAAGCACUUUGUCCACACAGAACUCCUGUGCAUCAGCUGAAAACUCCUGCCAGCUCGGUGUUUUCUGCCCGCGUCCAGACUGCACUGGCAGCUAAUAACAGCAGCGUUCUGAAAUUUGCCCCUAGGCACAAAUCUCGUCCCAUAAUCAUCACUUAAAACCACAAUAGUGAUAUUUUGGUCAGCAGCUUUAGGGGCCAUAACUUAAAACUGGGAGGACUUGUCGGCUCUGGGUGAGCUCACUCACUGCUGGAUGGGACGGUACAUCUUCUGACUGGGUAUUGUCACUGUAGAGCCCCUCAGCAGGGAAUGGUUCAAAACUCAGUUAACAUAGCAAGCUUUUGGGCAUGUCUGGCUUUUGUUCUCCCGUUUUAUAGAGGAUGUGAGGAACUGACUAAAAGGAAGGAAAUAAAAGGCCUCCCACAUGCUUUGACUUUGUAAAUUCACUUUCAUGCAUCCAAACAGAUGUCAGAACACAAUACUUUACAGGCAGUUUAUGGUCAACACAUAUGAUCCCUGUGGUGCUUCUCUUUAUACAAAAGCCUCUCUGCCAGCUGGCAAUCAUCUAUUUAAAUUACAGUACAAAUGUGUAUAUCCACAUGUAGACGCUGGCUUUGCUCCAGACCCUCCAGACCCUCCAGACCCUCCGUAUGUCCACAAACAGCCCAGCGUGCGACCCCUCUGAGCACAAUCUGUUUAGGCAGAAACUUCAAAUGGCCUCGUAUGGAACCACAGCAAGCCUGCUAUCUGUCUGGGCACAUUAAGGGUUUUUUGUUCCUUUUUUUUUGUAAUCCUGUUUGGAAUAUAUUUAUAAAGCAUACACAGGACUGAUUUUGGAUGACAGCCUCCAUUAAAAGCUUUCUCCCGUGUGCAAUAAGGCUGCUGUAGAACCUGUAACCUCCCAGUCUGUCCAUCCAUCAGUGCCAUCCAGCUGUGUAAAAAGAGCUUUCUUCUCUGUCGCGAUGUAUCCCGGUCACUGAACGCACAGGAUGAAAAGUAUGAAAUAUUUUGGUUACUACGGUUUUCCUCCCCAGAGUAGGAUGGAGUUGUUCUUAAUCACUGAUCCAGAGUCAGUUUUGCCGCUUCUCCCUCUGGUGUGCCGUGGCGACGCCGGUGGUUGAGCGGUGCAUAGGAACGGCUUGAUGUGAGCGGUGCGUCCACGGUCUGUUCAUGUGUCGUUUGUCUUAUACCAAGCUGCUGUAGUCGUAUUGAAGGACUGAAGUGAACCUUGUGGUGUUUUGAUCAACAUUCUCCUGUUGUGGUGUUGAGACUCUGAUGUUAGAAAACUCUGUUCAGUUCUGUUUAGUCUUUGUUUGCCAGACCUGUUUCUUCAGAAACUGUCUGCUGUUUUAAGUCAUUCAUGUUGUUUUUUUUUGCUGGUUUUCCUUCAACCCUUCUUGCCAUUUCUUCCUCAUUUGUAUGUAUUUGCUUCCCACAAUGUGUUUUAUUUUAAAUGCCUCCUGUACAGUUGGUUUUCAUUGUUUCUCUCCUCCUGGGUUGAUGGAAAUGUUCAAGAGAAGUUCAUG